AUGGGGGACGCCCACAUGGCAGAGUUUGGGGCUGCUGCUCCUUACUUGCGUAAGUCAGAGAGAGAGCGACUGGAGGCACAGACUCGUCCUUUUGACAUGAAGAAAGAAUGUUUUGUGCCUGACCCAGAUGAGGAGUAUGUAAAGGCUUCAAUCAUCAGCCGUGAUGGUGACAAAGUCACCGCUGAAACUGAGAAAGGGAAGACUGUCACUGUGAAGGAGGCUGAUAUUCACCCUCAGAACCCGCCAAAGUUUGAUAAAAUUGAAGACAUGGCGAUGUUCACCUUCCUUCAUGAGCCUGCUGUGCUGUUCAACCUCAAAGAGCGUUAUGCAGCAUGGAUGAUCUAUACCUACUCUGGGCUCUUCUGUGUCACUGUCAACCCCUAUAAGUGGCUGCCAGUGUACAAUCAGGAGGUGGUAAUAGCAUAUAGAGGAAAGAAGAGGAGUGAAGCUCCUCCCCACAUCUUCUCCAUAUCUGACAAUGCUUAUCAAUACAUGUUAACAGACAGGGAAAAUCAGUCAAUUCUUAUCACUGGAGAAUCUGGUGCUGGAAAGACUGUCAACACUAAGCGAGUCAUUCAGUAUUUUGCAAGUAUUGCUGCUGGCGGCUCAUCAAAGAAGGAUGGUAGUUCUGAAAAAAAGGGUACCCUGGAGGAUCAAAUCAUCCAGGCUAACCCUGCUCUGGAGGCAUUUGGCAAUGCCAAGACCAUCAGAAAUGACAACUCCUCAAGAUUUGGAAAAUUUAUCCGAAUUCAUUUUGGAGCCACUGGAAAGCUGGCCUCAGCUGAUAUUGAGACAUAUCUUCUGGAAAAAUCUCGAGUGACUUUCCAGCUCAAAGCAGAGAGAGACUACCAUAUUUUCUACCAGAUCUUGUCACAGAAGAAACCUGAGUUGCUAGAGAUGCUGCUCAUUACCAACAACCCAUAUGACUACGCCUACAUCUCCCAAGGAGAGACCACUGUAGCCUCCAUUAAUGAUGCCGAAGAGCUGCUGGCCACAGAUGAAGCCUUUGAUGUGCUAGGCUUCACUCCAGAGGAGAAGAAUGGCAUCUACAAGCUAACAGGAGCCAUCAUGCACUAUGGCAACAUGAAGUUCAAACAGAAACAGCGAGAGGAACAGGCAGAGGCAGAUGGAACUGAGGAUGCUGAUAAAUCUGCAUAUCUCAUGGGCUUAAAUUCUGCUGACCUCAUUAAGGGUCUUUGUCACCCAAGAGUCAAAGUAGGAAACGAAUGGGUCACCAAAGGACAGAAUGUCCAACAGGUGUACUAUGCUAUUGGUGCACUGUCUAAGUCAGUGUAUGAAAAAAUGUUCCUUUGGAUGGUGGUGAGAAUAAACCAGUCUCUGGACACAAAGCAGCCCCGUCAGUACUUCAUAGGUGUACUAGACAUUGCUGGAUUUGAGAUCUUUGAUUUCAACACCUUUGAACAACUCUGCAUCAACUUCACCAACGAGAAACUGCAACAGUUUUUCAACCACCACAUGUUCGUGCUUGAACAGGAAGAGUACAAGAAGGAGGGGAUUGAAUGGGAGUUCAUUGACUUUGGCAUGGAUUUGCAGGCUUGCAUUGAUCUGAUUGAAAAGCCUAUGGGUAUCAUGUCCAUCCUUGAAGAGGAGUGCAUGUUCCCAAAAGCCAGUGAUGCCACCUUUAAGGCAAAGCUUUAUGACAACCAUCUGGGGAAAUCCAAUAAUUUUCAGAAACCAAGGUUAAUCAAAGGAAAACCUGAGGCCCACUUCUCCUUGGUUCACUAUGCUGGUACAGUGGACUACAACAUCAACAACUGGUUGGUGAAGAACAAGGAUCCUCUAAAUGAGACUGUUGUUGGACUGUAUCAGAAGUCUACACUCAAGCUGUUGGCAAUGCUCUUUGCUAACUAUGCUGGAGCAGACUCUUCUCAAGAGUCUGGAGGUGGUAAGGGCAAAGGUGGUGGAAGUAAGAAGAAAGGCUCUUCUUUCCAAACUGUGUCUGCUCUGCACAGGGAAAACCUCAAUAAGCUGAUGACAAAUUUGAGGUCAACUCACCCUCACUUUGUCCGCUGCAUCAUUCCCAAUGAGAGUAAAACUCCAGGGGUCAUGGAGAAUCCUCUAGUCAUGCACCAGCUACGCUGUAACGGUGUACUGGAAGGCAUCCGAAUCUGCAGGAAGGGCUUUCCCAACAGAAUCCUGUAUGGAGAUUUUAAACAAAGAUAUCGCAUCCUGAACCCUGCAGCAAUUCCUGAAGGACAGUUUAUAGACAGCAAGAAAGGAGCUGAGAAAUUGUUGGGAUCUUUGGAUAUUGACCACAAACAGUACAAGUUUGGACACACCAAGGUGUUCUUCAAGGCUGGAUUACUGGGUCAGCUUGAGGAGAUGAGGGAUGACAGAUUAUCUCUCAUCAUUACUGGAAUACAGGCCAGAUCGCGAGGACUUCUUGCAAGAGUGGAAUUCCAGAAGAUUGUUGAUCGAAGGGAUGCAUUGCUUGUCAUUCAGUGGAAUGUCCGUGCUUUCAUGGGGGUUAAGAAUUGGCCCUGGAUGAAGCUCUUUUUCAAAAUCAAACCACUUCUCAAGUCUGCAGAGGCAGAAAAGGAGAUGGCUAAUAUGAAGGAGGAGUUCUUGAAACUGAAAGAGGCUUAUGCUAAGUCUGAGACCCGCAGGAAAGAGCUGGAAGAGAAAAUGGUCUCUCUUCUCCAAGAGAAGAAUGAUCUUCAGCUUCAAGUCCAAGCGGAGCAAGAUAAUCUUUGUGAUGCUGAAGAAAGGUGUGACCAGCUGAUCAAAAACAAAAUCCAGAUGGAAGCGAAGGCCAAAGAGCUCACAGAGAGACUGGAGGAUGAGGAAGAGAUGAAUGCAGAACUGACUGCUAAGAAAAGGAAGCUGGAGGAUGAGUGCUCUGAGUUAAAGAAGGACAUUGAUGAUCUGGAACUAACUCUGGCUAAAGUGGAGAAAGAGAAGCAUGCCACCGAAAAUAAGGUGAAGAACCUGACAGAGGAAAUGGCAGCUCUGGAUGAAAUCAUUGCCAAACUAACGAAGGAGAAAAAAGCUCUGCAGGAAGCCCACCAGCAAACACUGGAUGACCUACAGAGUGAGGAGGACAAAGUCAACACUCUAACCAAGGCCAAAGCCAAACUAGAGCAGCAAGUAGAUGAUCUCGAGGGCUCUCUUGAACAAGAGAAAAAGGUGCGUAUGGACCUGGAAAGAGCCAAAAGGAAGCUUGAAGGAGAUUUGAAAUUAUCCCAGGAAAGCGUUAUGGAUUUGGAAAAUGACAAGCAGCAACAGGAGGAACGUCUUAAAAAGAAGGACUUUGAAAUCAGCCAACUGAACAGUAAGAUUGAGGAUGAGCAGGCCAUUGGUAUUCAGCUGCAGAAAAAAAUGAAAGAACUCCAGGCUCGCAUUGAGGAGCUGGAGGAAGAGCUUGAGGCAGAAAGAGCUGCCAGAGCUAAGGUGGAGAAACAGAGAGCAGACUUAUCUCGGGAGUUGGAGGAAAUAAGUGAGAGGCUGGAGGAGGCUGGAGGAGCCACCGCCGCUCAGAUUGAGAUGAACAAGAAGAGGGAGGCCGAGUUCCAGAAACUUCGCAGAGACCUUGAAGAGGCCACUCUGCAGCAUGAGGCCACAGCAGCAACACUGCGGAAGAAACAAGCUGACAGCGUGGCUGAUCUGGGAGAGCAGAUAGACAACCUGCAGAGAGUCAAACAGAAACUGGAAAAAGAGAAGAGUGAGCUCAGGCUGGAGUUAGAUGAUGUGGUUUCCAACAUGGAACAUAUUGUUAAAACAAAGGCAAAUCUUGAGAAAACCUGUAGAACACUUGAAGACCAAAUGAGUGAAUACAGGUCUAAAUUUGAAGAAAGCCAGCGCAGCAUUAAUGAUUUCACCAUGCAAAAAGCUAGGCUACAGACUGAGAAUGGUGAACUUGGAAGGCAAAUGGAAGAGAAGGACUCUCUAAUUUCUCAGCUGUCCAGAAGUAAAUUAUCUUAUACUCAACAAAUUGAAGACCUUAAAAGACAGCUGGAAGAGGAAGUGAAGGCCAAGAAUGCUCUAGCUCAUGCAGUGCAGUCCGCACGUCAUGACUCUGACCUGCUUAGAGAGCAGUAUGAGGAGGAGCAGGAGGCUAAGGCAGAGCUGCAGCGCAGUCUCUCCAAGGCAAACUCUGAGGUGGCUCAGUGGAGAACCAAGUAUGAAACCGACGCCAUUCAGAGGACUGAAGAACUGGAGGAGGCCAAGAAAAAACUGGCUCAGCGUUUGCAGGAUGCUGAGGAAGCAGUGGAGGCGGUGAAUGCUAAAUGCUCCUCCUUAGAGAAGACUAAACACAGACUCCAGAAUGAGAUUGAAGAUCUCAUGGUAGAUGUGGAAAGAUCUAAUGCAGCUGCUGCAGCUUUGGACAAGAAGCAAAGAAACUUUGACAAGGUCCUGGCUGAAUGGAAGCAGAAGUAUGAAGAGUCUCAGAGUGAGCUGGAGAGCUCCCAGAAGGAGGCCAGAUCUCUGAGCACUGAACUGUUCAAACUGAAGAACUCCUAUGAGGAGUCCUUGGAUCAUCUGGAAACUAUGAAAAGAGAGAACAAGAAUCUUCAAGAGGAGAUCUCUGACCUUACUGAGCAACUUGGUGAGGGAGGUAAGAGCAUCCAUGAGCUGGAAAAAAUAAGGAAGCAGCUGGAGCAAGAAAAAAGUGAGAUACAGUCUGCUCUGGAAGAAGCAGAGGCAUCACUUGAGCAUGAGGAGGGUAAGAUCCUGAGAGCUCAACUAGAAUUUAACCAGGUGAAAGCUGAUAUUGAGAGAAAGCUUGCUGAGAAAGAUGAGGAAAUGGAACAAUCAAAGAGAAAUCUUCAAAGGACUAUCGACACCUUGCAAAGCUCUUUGGAAGCAGAGACUCGCAGCAGGAAUGAGGCCCUGAGGCUGAAAAAGAAAAUGGAGGGAGACCUCAAUGAGAUGGAGAUCCAGCUGAGCCAGGCUAAUAGGCAGGCUGCUGAAUCCCAAAAACAACUAAAGAUUGUUCAGGCUCAUCUAAAGGAUGCUCAGCUUCAGUUAGAUGACUCUCUGCGAAGUAAUGAUGACCUUAAGGAGAACAUUGCCAUUGUGGAGAGGCGCAACAAUCUUCUGCAGGCGGAACUAGAGGAGCUAAGAAGUGCUCUGGAGCAAACUGAAAGAGGUCGAAAGCUUGCUGAACAAGAACUAAUGGACAUCAGUGAGAGAGUGCAGUUGUUGCACUCUCAGAACACAAGCCUUCUGAACCAAAAGAAGAAGCUGGACGGCGACAUAUCCCAGCUUCAGACUGAGGUGGAGGAGGCUGUGCAAGAGUGCAGAAAUGCUGAGGAAAAGGCCAAGAAAGCCAUCACUGAUGCUGCCAUGAUGGCAGAGGAGCUGAAGAAGGAGCAGGACACCAGUGCUCACCUGGAGCGUAUGAAAAAGAACAUGGAGCAGACCAUCAAGGACCUGCAGCACCGCCUGGAUGAAGCAGAACAAAUUGCUAUGAAGGGUGGCAAGAAACAGGUGCAGAAACUGGAGGCCAGGGUGAGGGAACUGGAGAAUGAAGUGGAAUCCGAACAGAAAAAGAGCAGUGAAGCUGUCAAAGGGAUUCGUAAAUAUGAGAGGCGCAUCAAGGAGCUCACCUACCAGACUGAGGAAGACCGUAAAAAUAUGGCCCGUUUGCAAGACCUUGUGGAUAAGCUGCAACUAAAGGUCAAAGCAUACAAAAGAGCUGCAGAGGAGGCUGAGGAACAGGCCAAUGCUAAUCUGGGCAAGUUCCGCAAGCUGCAGCAUGAGCUAGAUGAGGCUGAGGAGAGAGCUGAUAUUGCUGAGUCUCAGGUCAACAAACUACGUGCCAAGAGUCGUGACAUUGGUUCUAAGAAAGGACAUGACGAAGAGUGA